AUGACAGACGUCCUCUUUGACGUGCGCAACGCCCUCGUGGUGGGCAACUACCAUCAGGCCAUCGCUGAUGGCAGCACUGCGCGCGCUCUGUCGAGCAGGCCGGUUGAUGUGGCCGCCUUCAAUGCGGAGAAGAACGCGGUGAUCGCUCUGGGGCAGAUUGGUCUCGGCCAAGUCGACGCCGUUAUCAGUCAGCUUCGCUCGGAGAGAAACCCGCUGCUCGUGACGAUUCACACGUGGGCAGAGCUGAUUUGCGCUAUGCGCGACUACGGUGCCCUCUCCGAUCCGGUCACGAACGUCACGCAGCGUCUACAGAGCGAUGCGGAGACGGUGGCGGCGGAUGCUGUCUACAAGGCCGUAUUCGCUGCCACAGCCCUGUUCUACCAGCAAGACGUCAUCGGGGCCCUGACGCUGGCAAAGAAGUGGCUCGGCGAGUUGCCCACUCCGGAGGGGUCGCUGGUCAGGCGCUACACGGUGGAGCUGCACGGUGUGGCGAUAGAGGCACUGCUGCGGCUGAAUCGGCCAGAUGAGGCGGCGAAAGAGGUGAAGCGCAUGGAGCAGGUGGACAGCGAGGCGAUCGUGACCAUACUGUACAGCGGCAUUGUUUCCCUCCAUCAGGCUGCGUCUGACGUGCACGCGGCCAACUAUGACGCGGCCGUAUCCGCCUUCAAGGAGGUGCAGCUGCGGUGUGGCCAGAGCAUCAUGGUGUCGAACUUGAUGGCCCUCGCGCACAUGGGUCUCAAGGACUACGACGCGGCGGAGCGCUCGCUGCUCGACGCGCUAGCCGUCCGCUCCAACGAUGAGGCCACACUGGUGAACCUCGCCGCCGUCAGUGCCCACAAGGCGAAGUCCCUCGACGACGCUGAGCGCUACAUCCAGCAGGCGGUCUCGAUGCAUGGUACGUGGGGUGACGCCUACCAUGCCAAGGAGCGGAACCUCGACCAAGAUAUUAGCGCUUUCAUGGUGGAAGUGUAG